ACGCUAUUGGCUGGAGGACUUCCGCAUCUUCCAAGCAUGCAGGAAACGAUGGCAGGAGAGCCCUGGAACAGAAUAAACAUCCUUUUUCCCAGCGCGGCUUCAACUGUCCACAUAAAGUUAACUUCAUCAACAGCUACAGUUUUGAAACAACUGUUAUUGGAAAACGAGAAGGUCCUGAAGCUGAUCCGCAGUUUGAUUCUUCAGACGGAGAUCCGAGUUUUAUACGCGCUGCUGUACAAUUUGACCAACCACUUCAGGGGCAGCAAGACGAUCAAAGCGUUACAGCAGGUUGAACAAUGUGUAAACAGACUGAAGAACAUGAAGCUCUGCGCUGCUCUUCAGGACCUGACUGCUCUUUGCCCCAAUAAAAUUCAAAUGGCGUUAUCUGUGAAGACGGGCGAGUGUGAUGUUCCAAGUCAACCCAUGCUGGAGUGGAUCUGUCUCAAGGUGCUGGGAGCCGGCAAGCUCGUGAGCUGCACAAUGGCUCGCUGCAGCAGAGCCUUUCUGUUUUCAAAGCAGCAGAUGAAGUGGGAGGAGUUUAUUAUACUCAAUACGGUGUUAACCAGCAUGCUCAGUCGUUUGUGGGUGAUUUUCCGUGGCAUCCUGGUUGGACUCUCCCGUCUGUACCAGAAUCUCUUGGAACUCCUUAAAAACGUGGCCCAAGCCCAGCCCAUGCCCUACCUCACCGAUGCCUCCCUGCCAGCAGAUAUGGCUGAGUUCCUGGGCCCCUCUGAUGCGUUGUUACUGAAGAAACAGAACGCAUUUGUCUCUCUUGCCAAAAAUCCCAAAAUGAAGAAGCAGCCUAAAAAAGCACCAGCUAAAGAUGUGAACCAAAGACCAACGAGGAGGAUUAAAGAAGACCUGGGGGUUUCUGUGGAAAGAGGCCUUGAAUUUGAUGCUAAUAUCAAGCCUCUUUUCGUUAAGGGUCAAUUUGUCUCAGAAGAUGCCCACAAGACCGAUAGUAAACAGAAGCUCAAGAAACAAAUUGAAGAAGCUGCUACAUUUUCUCGCAUGUCUUCCAACCUGGAGGAAAUGAUGAAGUGGUGCAGAUCCCAGAGGAAGGACAAGACAAAACGUCUCCUCACCUUUCUGCUUUUAAAGUGCCGGAGGAUGAAAUGUCUGGAGGCAGCGGGAAACAACAUGCAGAGGAAACUACGAGUCUUCAGACAAGAAGUUUCCUGGACGUUAUCUCCUCGGGGAUCAGGGGCAAAGAGGAGAACUGCUGGCCUGAGAAGUCGUCUGCAGUCACUCAAGACACAAUUUGUGUUGUCUAAAAUCAGGGCUUGUGUAAAAAAGAGAAGAAUGAAUAGGCGACGGAAAGAGACUGGGCUGCCAGUGUGCUUUAACGAUUACCUACAGAGCAAGGCACAUGAAGCAACACUUCACAUCACUGACUCUGAUGGCUCUGAUGACAUAGAUGAUAUAUUCGCUUCUGCUGGUUUAUGAAACUUUAAACAUACCGGAUGGAGAAAAUAACAAAAUAAUUACA